CAGCGGUGGGAGCCGGGAGCGGCCGAGGAUGGCGGCGGCUCCGGGGGCUCGGGAGCUCACGCAGAACCCGCUGCAGAAGACGUGGGAGCCCUACGACAACGGGCUGCCCGCGGGGCACAGCGCGCAGCGCGGCGUAUGUAUGACCAAUUGCCCUACUCUGAUUGUCAUGGUGGGUCUCCCAGCAAGAGGAAAAACCUACAUCUCCAAGAAGCUGACACGCUACCUAAACUGGAUUGGAGUGCCCACAAAAGAAUUUAAUGUUGGUCAGUAUCGUCGAGAUUUGGUGAAAAAAUACAAAUCCUUUGAAUUCUUCCUGCCUGACAAUGAAGAAGGCUUGAAAAUCAGGAAACAGUGUGCCUUAGCCGCGCUGAACGACGUCCGGCAGUACCUCAGCGAGGAGAACGGGCACGUGGCUGUCUUUGAUGCUACAAACACAACUCGAGAACGUAGAGAAACUAUUUAUAAAUUUGGUGAAGAAAAUGGGUAUAAGACCUUUUUUGUGGAGUCUGUAUGUGUUGAUCCAGAGGUCAUUGCUGCAAACAUUGUGCAAGUGAAGCUGGGCAGUCCUGACUAUGUGGAUUGUAGCAAUGAUGAAGCAACAGAAGACUUCAUGAAAAGAAUAGAGUGCUACAAGAACUCAUAUGAGACUUUAGAUGAAACUCUGGACAAGGAUCUUUCUUACAUUAAAAUCAUGGAUGUUGGAAGGAGUUACCUGGUGAACAGAGUGAUGGAUCACAUCCAGAGCCGGAUUGUCUACUACCUCAUGAAUAUCCACGUGACUCCUCGGUCAAUCUACCUCUGCCGCCACGGGGAGAGCGAGCUCAACCUCAAGGGCAGGAUAGGAGGAGAUCCUGGGCUGUCUGUCAGGGGGAAGGAAUUUGCCAAAAGCUUGUCACAGUUUAUUAAUGAACAAAAUAUCAAAGAUCUGAAAGUUUGGACCAGCCAGAUGAAAAGGACAAUUCAGACUGCUGAAGCCUUGGGAGUGCCUUAUGAGCAGUGGAAGGUUUUGAAUGAGAUAGAUGCAGGAGUAUGUGAAGAAAUGACAUAUGAAGAAAUACAGGAAAAUUAUCCUCUUGAAUUUGCACUGAGAGACCAAGACAAAUACAGAUACAGAUACCCUAAAGGAGAGUCCUAUGAAGAUCUAGUUCAGAGGCUGGAGCCAGUAAUUAUGGAACUGGAAAGGCAGGAGAAUGUGCUUGUCAUUUGUCACCAGGCUGUCAUGCGCUGUCUGCUCGCAUAUUUCCUUGACAAGCCCGCAGAACAACUGCCCUACCUGAAGUGCCCACUGCAUACCGUCCUAAAGCUAACCCCAGUAGCUUAUGGAUGUAAAGUAGAAUCUAUAUUUCUGAAUGUCGAAGCUGUAAACACGCACAGAGAUAAACCUGAGCCAAAGCUGGAGAGGAAGACUAGCUCUCAGGAAACAGCAGGACAGCCGGGGGAAGGAAAUUGAGCGUGUUUGUGAAAUAAUGUAGACAUUUCCAGACCUACCGAGGACGCUCUUGUAACAGUCCCUGCUCAUCACUGAAUCCUGUGUCCCGACCAACUAUCAAACUUGGGUGCUGUUUUCAUCCUGCUACUUCAAAAUAAAUUGAAAAGCUAAUCAUUCCAAUCACUUUGAAAUAAUAAAAAAAAAAUAAUAGCCACACCCAAAUCAAACUCAUAACUCAAACCAAAUGUCUGUACAGCACAUGACUUGAAAAAAUUAAUCAAAUCACAAUAAAACUGUUGCACUGGCUAA